GCUUUAAGUGAGUAACUGUUGGAGCUGGCGAACCACAGGACCGAUGCAGGCAUGUCGACGGCAGAGGAAUUUGAAAAAAAUUAACUUCGAAGAACCGACUCGCAUCUUCUUCAGAGGUGUGCUGCAGUGAGCAUCGACCGAACCGCUACACUGCUUGCUGGAGUUAAGGUAGAAGCUAAUGAAGCUAAAAUGACACCACGCCUCGAGUAGGCUAACAACAACAACCACCACAACACCGGUAAAAGCCUCCGGAGACGGUAGAAGAGCUCUGCGAGGACCGAGUCGACAUGAGCUGUGAAGGAAGAGCAAAAGCAGGGGAGAGAUAGCAGGAAACAGGAGGGGAGGAGAUAAAGGAGAACAAGAAAAACCGGUGAGCAGCUGUGAGAGCCAGAGUGUGUAUGUGUGUGUGAAAGAAGGAGGAGAUUCCAAUCCUGUCAGCCUAACCCGUGAGACCUGCUGGGAGGACAGAAGGACGCAGACGGACUCCCAGACAUGAAGGAAAGCAGUAAGAGAAACAUUGGAAUUGAAGACCACUGGGAGCAUGUUAAGGAAGGAGGGAAAAGAGACAAAGAGAUCAGUAUCUGAGAUAAAGCAACAUGAUGAGCCAUAAUCCUAAUGAAAGCAGAGCCAAAAUGCACCUGUAACCAGGAACCAUCUGAGGACACUCUCGGAUCCUUCACAGCUGGGAAAAAUUUACCUUUUCAGUUCAGCACAACUGCUCAGCACUGUAUGAUUUUCUAUGCAAAAAGACUGAACCAAUGGAUGGUUCGAUGAUUCCAAAAUGAACUGUUAACUCUUAGCAGUAUCAAUUGUGCUGCUGUUCUUGUAGCAUGGAGCAAGGUCCAUCAUUCGCGAGGGCCAUCAUCACUCCAUAUCUCCAGUCCAGAUGAGGGGCUCCAGCCCCAGCUUGCUGCGGGGUCGGCGGUUCCACUGUCGGGAAUGGGCCCUGGAGAAGCUGAAGAGAUGCCUGGAGGCGCGGGACGCCACCAGAGGGGUGCAGGACUCGACCCACUGCCCGCCCGGGGUUCUGGUGACUGGAGGUCAAGGCACGGGUAAGACGGCCUUCUGCACAGAGCUGGUGUGGCCUCAGUCAGAAGCAGGCAGAGCAGCAGGAUUGGCAUCACGGUGCCUGGCCUGGCACUAUUGUCAGCAGGAGGAUGCAGGCAGUACAGCGGUUUGGAGGUUUGUUCUCGGGCUUGUGGAGCAGCUACGGGACAGUCCACUGCUGGCACCCAGCUACAGCCACAUGUUAAGCAGCACCUCUGUUGCUGCCAGCCUGGAGCCAGUUCACUGCCAGCGAGACCCAGAUGACACUUUUAAAAGAGCAAUCCUCGAGCCCUUGCUCUCCUUACCCUCUCCAGCUCAGAGCAUGUACAUAGUGGUGGACUCUUUGGACGCUGGUUACGGUGGAUAUGUUGGGGCUAGUGAGGGGCUGACAACUGGAGCCAUGGCCAUUCAGAGUACUUCAAUAGCAGAUCUUCUCCUCAGGCACCUCCAGCUAUUCCCUCCCUGGAUUCUCCUGGUCUGCUCUGCACGCAGACAGAACAAAGCUGUCUGCAAAAUGUUCUCAGGGUUUCGGAAGCUGUGUCUAGAUGACUUGAGGAAACCUGCAGCAGUACGGGAUGUUCAGCAUUACAUUCUGCGGAGGCUGGAUCAGGAGGGGGCACUGCGCCGGCAGCUCACGCCAGAGACAGCUGAUAUGCUUAACCUGCUGCACAUUAAGAGUGGCGGCUGCUUCCUUUUCCUGGAGCAAGUGCUAGAUGGUGUAGCAUGUGGUCUGGUAGGACUGAGAGAGAUCCGGGACAUUCCAGGCACAUUGAAUGGUCUGUACCUGUGGCUCUGUCAGCGGCUCUUUCCUCGCAGACUGUUUGUCCAUGUUAGACCAUUACUCAACAUUAUACUGGCCUCCCCACGACCUCUCGAUUCUGAGAAGCUCUACAUCGCUGCACAUACCAGGGACAACUGUCUAGGACGUGAGGACUUCAAGUCACUAAUGCGUGCUUUGGCACCACUGAUUGUGGAUGGGCCUGAGGACAGUAAACUUCUAUUUCAUGGCAGCUUUGCAGAGUGGUUAACCGAUGUGAAGUACUGCACACAGAAAUUUCUGUGCAGUGUGAAGGAUGGUCACCUUUCACUUGCCAUGUACCUGUCACUCAGAGCCCAAAGCCUUGGCACAGAAGAGGUAUGCCAGCUGGGCCACCAUCUACUCAGCAGUGGAAUCCAUGCUGGGGAGACAUCUCUUCUUGCUUUGUGGAUGAUAUGGAAUGGUGUUCCCACUCUCAGAACUGGUUCUACUGACAUCUCUCAGCCCCUGAACACCCCAGUGUUGGUCCAACAGGAUGUGCUACAGCUUUUGAUGAAGAGUGGAGUGUAUCCUCCCACCUGUUCCCCAGACAAUUGUGCUAGUGUAGGUGUGCAGUGUGUGGGUGGAGGAAGAGGAAUAGUACGGCGGGCGCUGCAGAGAGAAGACUCUGUGCGAGCACUUUUGGACAGUGGGGUCAGCGUAAACCGUAUAGACCCAUCAGAUGGACGGACACUGCUGUCUACUGCGGCUCAUGCAGGGCUUGUGGAUGUCACUGCACUGCUGCUGUGUCAUGGGGCAGACCCUUCUCUGAGUGACCUCCAUGGUCAGACGGCCCUAACCCUUGCUGCCAGGCAGGGCUACGUUAGUGUGCUUCAAAUUCUGCUGGAGUGGGCUCAGGACCAGGGGUGUGACACUCCAGCUGUUCGAGCCCUACUGGAGCAUGUCGACAGCGAAGGAUGGACUGCCCUGCGUUCAGCUGCAUGGGGUGGCCAUAAAGAAGCUGUAAAGAUGCUUCUUGAGGCAGGAGCAGAAGUGGAUGGUUGUGAUCCAGAUGGUCGCACAGCUUUGCGAGCUGCUGCUUGGGGGGGUCAUGAGGAGGUCCUGAUGACCCUUCUAAACCAUGGUGCUAAAGUGGAUCGCAUGGACCAUGAAGGGCGCACUCCACUCAUUGCUGCAGCCUACAUGGGCCAUAAAGAAGCAGUAGAGAUUCUGCUUGAUGCAGGUGCAGAAGUGGACCUGGCAGAUGGGGAUGGGCGCACUGCUCUCUCAGUGUCUGCUCUAUGUGUGCCAUCAGCAACAGGCGGAAGAGGACAUGGAGAGGUCGUAAGUCUGCUGUUGGAAAGGGGUGCUGAUCCAGAGCAUAAGGAUAGAGAUGAGAUGACCCCUUUACUGUUGGCCUCCUAUGAGGGCCAUGAGGAAGUAGUAGAACUCCUCCUAGAAGCUGGGGCAGAUGUCGACGAGAGUGCUGGAGUCUACCCUUCUGCUGUAACACCCCUCCUUGCAGCAGCAGCCAUGGGGCAUGCAGGCACAGUGAAUCGCUUGCUAUUCUGGGGGGCAGCAGUAGAUGGCAUUGAUGGAGAAGGUCGCACAGCGCUUUGCUUGGCUGCAGCUAAAGGCAGCACUGAGGUUGUGAGAGCUCUGCUGGACCGAGGGCUAGAUGAGAAUCACAAAGAUGAUCUUGGCUGGACGCCACUGCAUGCAGCUGCCUGUGAGGGCCACAAGAGUGUUUGUGUUGUUUUAACCGAGCAAGGCAGCAUGGCAAGGGUGAGUGAGCUGGAUGUGGAAGGCCGGACUGCCCUCAUUCUAUCAGCACAGGAGGGCCACUGCAGUACAGUAAGACUCCUGCUAGACCGCAAAUCACCCAUCGAUCAUCGAGGGUAUGAUGGACACUCUGCUCUCAGCACUGCUGCCUUGCAGGGGCAUACCGAAGUAGUAGAGCUGUUGCUGAGAAGGGGAGCUGACACUGAUGUCCGAGAUGCAGAAGGAAGACCUCUUCUUUAUCUGCUGGUUCUAGAAGGUCGUUUGGAUAUUGCUACUGUGCUCAUAGAGAAAGGGGGUGUCCCACUGGAAUCAAGAGAUGUUGAUGGGCGAACAGCACUGCAUGUAGCAGCUUGGCAAGGUGACCUUGAAGGUAUCAGCCUUUUGCUGAGACAUGGUGCAGAUCCAAAUGCACUAGACUCCGAGGGUCGACCUCCACUGCACUCUGUGGCAUGGAGGGGUCAUACAGCUGCAGGCAGACUGCUCCUCAGAGCCAGGGAGGUUAAUGUUGCUCUAGCCUGCAAAAAGCAAGGUGCCACAGCACUUAGCAUCGCCUCUCAGGAGGGACAUGCUGAAAUUGUGGCCAUGCUUCUGGAAAAAGGUGCAAAUCCAGACCAUGUGGAUCAUUAUGGGCGUAGCCCAGUAAAAGUUGCAGGAAAGCGAGGUCUUUUCAAUAUUGUGCGUCUCCUGGAGAGCUAUGGUGCAAAGCCAUUCCCUGGACUCAUACCACCCUCACCAUGUGGGACUCCAGGCUCCUCCUCUCAUUCAUCCACAGUCAAGACACAAACCUCUGUCAGUUCUGGAGAGGUAUGUGCCAAUGGAGCCCCAACCACUUCUUCCACGUCAUCAGCUUCUUUGUCAGCCUCUUGCUCCCCAGCCUCCACAGCUGAGAGAUUCCAUUCAGUGCCUGGCUCUCAGACUUCUUCUUCUACCUGCCACUCUCUGGCUACUGUGCAGACUGUCCCUGCUGACACCCUGAGCUUUACUCAGCAGAUCCAGCAACACUCACUUCCCCGUUGUCGCAGCCGGCCAUCCACCCUGCCUCUGCCAGGUUCAAAUGCUGCCAGCCUUCAAGGAAGUGCUGCCAGGAACAAGCAGAAGCUUGUCCCCAAAAUUAACCCUCCCCAUGCACAAUGCACCUUUCUUGGUCUACAUGAAUCAGAUGUACCUCUUAAAGGGCUUGGGUCUCCAGAAGCUGGUGACUACCUCUUGAAAUCCAAAACUCCCCAAUUUAUUGAAGAUGAGUUUGUAAAGAGCCCUCAGCAAGUUGGAAGUGGAGUAGACAAAUGGAACUCAGUAAUGGUGUCCUUGGGGUUGACACCAAACCAAGAGGGGGCCAUUAGGCAGCCAAAAAGUAGAGAAACUCCACCUUUAGGGUAUCCUCCUCUUCAUCUCCAGCCCCAUUCACAAAGAGAUAACUGGACAGGUCUUCAAAAAACAUCCUUUUCCCCAGCUUUUGACCACACAGCCAUGUCCCCACAUAGUGCCUUACUUGAAGAGUCAGUGUUCAACAUCACAACCACAGACCCCCAGCUCAACCUAAAACAGGCAAUCAAGUUGCAGUUUGAGGGACCAACCAGUGCCGCACUUUACAAGAGAGAAACACCGCUCUAAGGCAACCCUUGGUGAUUUGGAGCUCAAGGAGGGGAGGGUGGUGUGGAUAAUUGCAGUGUGUGAAUCACUCAGGUUGGAGGGAUAUGGUAGAUGAGAUCCCACCACACUCUGACCUCCUGCAAGACCAGCGAAGCAAAAGUAACAAAGAGGAACCAAAGGACUUCAAAGAUUAAUGCUGUGUACAUUCCGUACAUUUUCUUUUACGUCCUGUCAACAUGGGGAACAGUUUCUCUCACAUACAUAUACACACAAUCACAGGAAAAUAUUCUUACACGGGAACACACAGAUGGAUUGCAGUGACACACAGGAAAAUGUUAUACAGCGUAGGUAAUUACAGAACACAAUAAAAUGAACUAAAAUAUGUCGUAAAGGAGUUUGCAAGCACACAUACAGCAGGGAGUCUUGCAGAGGUUUUCAAAAUUUGUUCUAGCUGGUUCACACAUAGUGUGUUUGAUGAAACUUUUGAGAUGUCUUCUAGUUCUGGAGGAAAUUGACAGGCACAGAGAGACAAUGUAUGCGACAGUAACACUGUUUCUUCUAAUCUUGGACCACUCACUCAUUCAUUCACUCUCUCUGGAAUGCACCCCAGCAUUGUGGUGCCCAGAGCUGGAAGGACUGCUGCCAAAAAGGGCUCAUGCAUCAAUACAUCACCAAAAACAUAGCAUUCUUAACUGUCCCUCAGAGGAUUUUGUACUCCUUUUAGAAAUUGUUUUGGUCAUCAGUGAUGACUAUUUUUAAGGAUGGAUGUUGGCUUUUUCUGUUUUGACUUGACUUUUUGCCAACAUUGAUGUUUCCAUGCUGUAUUUUUCAUCAGCGUGUAUUUAUGUUUUCAGUUAUUUACUCAUUGUGAUUCACAUUCUCUCUCCCCUAAACACUGAAUCAGCACACCUGGUUCUAAUUACACUGCACUACUAAAAACUGAGGCUUUAUUACAUGGGGAAAAAAAGACAAAGUAAUGAAAAGAGAGAUUGCAGUUGGAGAAAAGGCAACAAAGAAGUCGGAUAGGUCUUGACAUUUAAAGAAUGCAUUUGAAGGAUAAUAGACAGGGUCAUAAACACCUGAGAGAGCGUCCACAAAAAAAAGAAUUUAAAAUUCUGCCAGAUGUAAUUUACAUUGUUUAUAGUGUUUUGUCUGUCACAGUUUAAUGGGAUUUCUUUAAUUAAAGUACAUCUUUAACUCUACUUGUGAUUGGUAAAUAAGAAUGUUCAUAAUUUUUCAUAAAUGAUUACCUUUUUACUGGCACAGCGGUACAGGCUUUUGACCGUAACAGAAGGGAACACUGAAAGAAACAAAACUUCACCUGUGGAAAAUCUGCCUGGAGCUCAGGAGACAAUCCUACCAUGUUUCUCUCUUUCUUACUCACACAGAGUAAUUUAAGCUGGUCAUUUUGCUAUGAACAUGUUUUCUCAAAAAAAAAAGAAAAAAAGUUGAAUGUACACUGUAUGUUCAGACAUUUGUACACACCUGAUUAUCCAAUGUUUCGUCUCGAUAUUAAUAAGGGGGUUUUGCUCCUUUUGCUGAAGUUACAGCCUACUAAGAAGGUAUUGCAGUAGAUGCAAUACUGUGAGGAUUUGAUUACAUACAGCCAUGAGAGCCUUAGUGAGGUCAAGUACUGAAUAUUAGUUGCUCCAUCACUCCAGGGAAAGCAGUUCCACUGGUAAACGACUAAAUGCUAGGGGCUUUAUAGCCCCCUAGCUAAUGCUUAGCAUUGGACAUGGUGAUUUUAGACUCAUGAGCACCCUCUCUAGAGCAGUGUUUCUCAACUCUUGUCCUAGAGGCCCACUGUCCUGGACAUUUUAGUUCUUUCUCUGCCUUAACACAGCUAUUUUAACUCAAUUAUUGACUGUUAAUUAGCUGGUUAGUUGGAUCAGGCAUGUUGGGAGCAGGGAAAACACUAAAAAGUGCAGGGCAGUGGGCCUCCAGGACCAGGGUUGAGAAACGGUGCCCUAGAGCAAGAUAUUGUAUUGCCAGUGCUUUUCUAUAGCGAUUAUACAAGCUAUGCGUGUUUGAUUAAACAGCUGUGUCAGCAAUAGGUCCAAAUUUAAUGAACUGAAUGUACUAAUUAGAAGUAAUGUCUGGAUACUUUGUACUGGGGUCUUCUAUCAGUACUUUUUAAAACAUCCUAAUAACUAAAAAUUGCUACUUUGACGUGCAUUACACCUAUGAUUGUACUCGCAGCACAAGGAAAGGACAGGACAAACAGACGUGGAACACUCAGCUGAUUAGUUGAAGUGCACUAAUCGUUUAGCCUUGCAAAUUUGCAGUGUAAGAUUUUUAUUUUUUUUAGCAUGUAUAUAAAAAUUGUGAAUGAUUGUUUUCUUUGGCUACAAACUUUGGGGUACUGUAUUGUCUUCCGCUUUGUCAUUGUUAGAUGCAUAGCUUGCAUGUUAACUAGCAAGACAGAGUGAUGUAUUGAAGUUGUCUCAGCAGUCAUGCUUAAAAGAUGGAGUAGUCAACAAAUCAAAUGCUAACUAUUAAGCAUUGUAGUUUAUUGCUAUGGCUUAUAAAUAGCUUUAUCUUUUAUUUUUGAGUUUGGAAAAAGAAAGACAUAAGGACACAAUGAUUUUUAUGCAAGCUCUGCUGUCGACUCUUCUGUUCACUCAAUCCCUCACCCCUCCAAAGGCUCAUCUAACAUGUUUUACUUGAGCUAAUACAGUAAUGACCAGCCCUUUAGAUGGUGCUGGGGAUUCCCCCGAGGGGAAAUAGUGAGGCCAAGUGGCCGAGGGCAUGUUAAAACUGGUACUGAAACAGUGGUUGUUAAUGUUUUACAGUGGUUUUAAGUUUAAAGGACCUAUAAACUUUAGUUAUUAAAGUUUUGACUGUUAGA